AUGAAUUCUAUCAUCAUUUUGUUGGCCCUUGGUCUGGCUGCUGUCGCAGCUGUUCCAACAAACCCCCAAAGGAUUAUUGGUGGCUCGACAACCACCAUUGACCGGUACCCCGGUAUUGUUUCUCUGUUGUUUACAAGGAAUUGGAGUCAAUGGUGGCAGAAUUGCGGUGGAAACCUUCUUAACCAGAGAUCUGUUCUUUCUGCUGCUCAUUGCACAUUCGGUGAUCGAACGGAUGCAUGGCGUUUUCGUGUUGGUUCCACCUGGGCCAACAGUGGGGGUGUUGUACAUCUCUUGAACAGAAUUAUCUAUCAUCCCAAUUAUAACAGAUUUACAGCUGACAGUGACCUCUGCAUCUUACGCAGUAAUACCAACAUAGUUUUGAACAACAACGUUCGUCCUGUUAAUAUUGCUGGUGCCAAUUACAAUCUUGGUGAUAACCAAGUUGUUUGGGCUGCUGGUUGGGGUGCUACUUCGCUCGGAGGGUCUAAUUCGGAGCAACUCCGUCACGUCCAGGUCUGGACCAUCAAUCAGAAUGCCUGCGUCCAACGUUACAGACCCAUUAACCGUGCUAUCACCGCUAACAUGUUGUGCUCUGGUGUUUUGGACGUCGGUGGUCGCGACCAGUGCCAGGGUGACUCCGGUGGUCCUCUCCUUCACAACCGCGUCCUCGUUGGUGUCUGCUCUUGGGGAGAGUACUGCGCUGACCGUCGCUACCCUGGUGUUAAUGUUCGCGUUUCCCGUUUCACCUCUUGGAUCCAAUCCAAUUCGUAAAAAUGUUAAAGAAUAAUCUUAAUUCAAAUAUACAAGCACC